ACAAUGUGGAUUGUAUUAAAUUUUAUAACACGUCUGUUUUAUAAAAUGACAUUUCUCAUGUGACAGGAAAAUGUUGAGACUGUUGGGACGAGAUAUAUUGAACGCACAACUGCUCAUUUUAGAUCACCGGUCGUUUACAAAUGGAGAAGUAAAUAAUUUCCUUAAUGAAUUUGAGUUGAAGCGCAACGAGUGCGAAGUAGAAAAUCUUUUCAAAGUGACCGAAAUUACAGGCGACCUUAAAUACGAUUUGUUUGGACGCUGUGAUAUUUUGAGCACAAGACAUUUAGGACAACUUAAUCGAGAAGUAAAUGAUGUAUUACUUGGUGUAGAAGAGUUUCUUAACAAAGUCCAAUCGGGGAAGAAGGUAGGUAUUAACAUUACAAGGGCCGAGUUAUUGCUAAUAUCGGGAAAAUCGCGCGAUUUUUUAUUAAAAAUUUUCAUUAUCAAAUCAUACGUUUUCUACAUUUGUGUACUUUUA